AUGAAACAUAUUUUUUCAGGUUCGAAAUCUUCAGAUGGCUCCUCAUUUUCUGUCAUUAAAAAGCAAACGAUAUCGACUAGUUCAAGCCCGCCAUCCUUCAAUAAAAGCCGAACCACAACUCCAAUACAUACAUCUCAUACAACUCCAGGAAGCUCCCUUGAGUCUCCAUUAAGUCCUGAAUUGGUCCCUAUUGUAACAUUAUUAUCUAGUCAAACGCAUAGAAGGUACCAUGAUGGUGUCCUCUUAGUCUUACAAGAUUUGAAAAAUGAUGGUACCCCAGCUUCUAGAACAUGGAAAGAAUUCUACGGUGUACUCAUCGGUACUCAGCUUGCGCUAUGGGAUGCUGCAGAAUUAUCAUCAACACCCAAUUCAAACGAAUUGAAGUCAUUGGCUUCGAAACCAACUUAUAUUAAUUUUACAGAUGCUAUUUUAAAACCAUUAGAUCCAAAAAAUGAUAACGUGGUCACCCAAAAUAAUCAACAAUUGGCUAACAUUCUUGUAGUUUCGACUACAUUGAAAAAUAGGUUUUUUCUGCAGUAUAGUAAUAGAGAAUCGUUCAAUCAAUGGCAUGCAGCCAUCAGGCUGAGUCUUUUCGAAAAUGUAUCAUUACAAGAGGCAUACACGGGCGCAUUUAUUUCAAGUAGAGGAUCUAGAUUAGGUGAUAUAAAAGUUCUGUUAGCAGAUACAAAAUUUAACUACGAAGAUUGGGUUAGUGUUAGAUUUGGGACAGGUAUGCCAUGGAAACGUUGUUACGCUGUUAUAUCUCAACCAUCCAGUAAAAAGAAAACUGGUCAAAUUAAUUUUUAUGAAAAUGAUAAAAAAAUAAAAAAAUCGCAUUCAAUGACUACAGUUAUCGAUGCAAAGGCCAUCUAUGCUGUAUAUCCAUCAUCAGCAAAAUUAAUUGAUGAAUCUACUAUCAUCAAGUUAGAAGGAACUAUAACAUCCGGGAAAAAGGAAGAACCACAGGAUUCAAAUUUAUUUAUAAUGCCCGAAAAGCAUAAUGCCGUUCCUGGUUAUGAUACAAUCAUUAGAUUUCUAAUUCCGACCAUGAAUGCGUUUAGAUUAUAUGGUAGACCAAAACGACUGAUCGCCAAUAAAGAUGACCCUUUGUCUUUAUUAUUUGCAUUACCAACGUUACCUUGUAUUUAUUAUUUGAAUGUGGAGGAUCUUUUACCCUUAAGUAAUUCGCCAUCCAGUUUACAAUGGUCAUCUUAUGACUGGAGAACACAAAUCAAAGAAAUACUAAUACGGAAAGUAGCUUCAGGCUAUAGUGGGUGUGGCUCAAGUUCGACAUUGACGAACGCUCUUCUUUCGCCAGUACUUGGUUCUGCUGAAUUAUUUGAUGGUUCAGGUGGUCCAAUCCUUUCACCAACAUUGACUCAAAAACCUUCAUUUUUCAACAACCGAAGCAAUAAUAAUAGUAGUGAAAGGCUAAAUAUUACAAAAACACGUUCACCGAUUGAUCCACAAGAUAAUAAGACUUCAAAUUCGUAUCUUAAAAACGGUUUCAAGACUUCGCAAGAGACAGUUAAAAAUGUUAGGAAUUACACCCCAUACGACAUACCAUUUACUUCAAAUCCGGAUUCGAACUCUAAUAAAUCAGAGCAAGCACCAAGCGGAUAUCAAAGAAAGGAUUCUUCCCCGUUGCAUCAAAAUAAUAAAGGUAUGGGAUUACAAAUUAACAUCAAACAAGAUUCGGACAUCUCUGAACCUCGUGAACCCUCUCCGUUAGGUCAUAAAACUAGAGGAAUAGAACAAGAAAUGAAUAGCAGGAACAACAUCUAUGAAGAUCAUGAAAUCGCUAUAUAUUCUCCAGACACUAGGAAAUUAGAAGCCCAAAAUGAAACGGAGCGAGCAUUAUUUGGAAAUCAAAACGACCGCCUCUCACCAACAGAACAUAAAAAUGCUGAUAAUAAACAGGUUUUAUAUGAUAAUCGACUAAAUAUCGAUGUACCUAUGAUAGAUGGUAGUAGAAGAAGUAGUGAUCAUCGACAAUAUGUAGUCCCUAAAAAUGUGCAACCCAAGGGUCAUCAUUCGCCAAGUCGUGGGAACAGGCCUAUGGAAUUGCAAAACGAAAUGGAUCAAAGCACAAAAGAAAAUAAAGAUUCUUCUCCUUUGAAAGAUUGGAAGGAAGGGAAAGUACUACAGCUUAAAGAUAGAUUAGAAAAGAGGAACGUUGAGUCAGGUGGGACUUUCCCAUCGAAUGAUACUCCGAGUGCAAAAAACAAAGGAAUGGGGCUACGAAUUUCGAUUAAUGAUUCUAAUUUCAAGAAAUUUGACGAUAUACCGAGGGGUGGAAAUAUACCUGGUCAUAAAACGCAAAAUAGUGAAACUAAUAAUAUUUUGUUGGAUCUUUAUGAUAACUAUGCCAACGAACCAUUUGGCCGUACUGAACAACAGGAUCAAGAAGCUAAGGAAAAUAGUAACGAGAAUAAUAGGGUUAGGUCUGCCAUAAGAGAUAGGAAAAGUGAUAGUGCUGAUGGCCUGUUGGCUGAUUUGAAUCUAAACAUGGGGAAUACGUUGAACACCAGCCAUAAUAAUGAGAAUGAUGAUGAUGAUGAUGAUGACGACGAUGCUGAUAUAUUUGAUCCCGAUUAUGUAGAACAAAAUAGAAUGGAACAACCGGCUAGUAUUUAUUCUGAUAGUCCAUUGAAAGAUAAAACAGCAAAUGAUUAUAGCAAUCACACCAGUUCCGCGAACAACACUAGUUUUCCACAACGAUAUGAAUCACGAGAAGAGGAUACUUAUCCUCCCAUCAAUAACCAUCAGAAAACUUAUGCAUCAAGACAAGACAAUCCAUAUAUUUCUAGACCGGACAAAGAAGCUCGAGAGGUGGGAAAUAUUAAAUUACCACCAGCAAAUACCUCAACAUUUCAAACAAGGAAUAGUCCUGUUAAUAGUCAUCACCCACCUCCAUCAUUUACAGCUAUGGAAAACCCUUACCGAAGAACUCCACCUACAGAAGAGACUGCUCAAUUCAGAGAAAAUCCUCCACAAUUUCCUAGUCAUAACAAUACAAGCCAUAUAAGUUCGCCACAAAUGCUUCAGAAUUCACCUUUCAAUAAGAAUAUGAAUAAUGGUGUGGACCGUCCACACUACCAUAAUAGGAACGCACCUGCUCCUAGUCAAGUACAAGUAAAUCAACAACGAAUGAAGCAACCCGUGUAUGGGAUUCCGCAACAUCAAAUGCAAGGAAUGAAUCAAGGGCGUGCAGCGAAUUCACCUAACAUUGGUCAAAAUAAUAAUUUUAGUAACAUACCUCCACAACAAGCUUAUGAUCGUAGAAGACCAACCCAACCUCAAUUUCAAUCUCCAUAUCAACCGCAACUACCUCACAAUGGUCGACAACGACCAUAUCUAGGACCAUCUGGAUUGAAUCCGAAUACUGGUAUGAAUACAGCUGGUAGAGGUCCACCACCACCGACUCAAUAUAAUGGGAACUUCAGACCUGCUCCUCCUGCAGCUCCAGGACCAGGUACUGGUCUCACUAUGAACACGCAACAAAAUACUGGGGUGUAUCCUCCACCUAUUCAACAACAGGGGUAUAGACCUAAACCAACUCAUCCGCCAGGUGGAGGUGGUUUCUCACAAUUUAUGCCAUCAUCUUCUACUAAAAAUCCUUACGGAAACUAA